AUGAGUGCAGACGGAAAGUGUGUGGUAUCUGAAUCGGAAGACAAGAGCGUGCGGAUGUGGGACGUGGAGACGGGAGCACAACUCGAGGAUGCAUUAACUAGACACACGGGAAUGGUGAUCAGCUUUGCGAUGAAUGUGCCCAGAAGACGUGUGGUAUCUGGAUCCGGAGACGAGAGCGUGCGGGUGUGGGACGUGGAGACGGGAGCACAAGUCGGGGACGCAUUGAAUGUGACAGAGCGCACAAGUGAUACUACAUACCACUGUGGAAGAAGUGACACGUGGAGCGCCACCAGGUCGACAGUGAGUUGCACGGGGCUCUGCCUCCAGCACAACCCCGUGCCCAGCGAAGUAGUAUAA